AUGAAGCAAUUUAAUUAAUUGAAAAACUUUAACUAUUAUGUUGCGAGUUAUCACAUUUUGCUUGAAAUGAAUUUUAUUAACUUAAACAAAUUAUGGUUAUAUUUGAUUCAUUUGAUCUCAGAAUUUUAGAUGUUUGGAAUCAUCGUAUUAAAUUUGAACGAAGAAUUACUUUAAUUACCAAUAAUGAAUAUUGAUUAUGGACUGAACAUUAUUUCCAUUGUUUCAAGGCCAUAUAAAUUAAUUGUUCAAGAUAACUUUUUUUUAUAUUCUUACACUGUUCCACUAACAAUUCUAUCGUUAUAUAUAAUCCAUCAGUUUUUUACUUACUUUUAAUUUUCGAUCCAAUCUUAAAAAAGCCUUAUGGAAUAUGUACUCAAAAGCAAUAAUAUUAAACUGAUUUUUCAUGCCUUAAAUUUAAUAUUUAUAGCAUUAUUUGACAAACUAUUUUGUAUUCCCUGUAUCCAAUUGGCGUGUUAUUCGCUCCAAAAAAACAUCAACAGUGACUCUUUUGGAGCUGUAGAAUUUAUCAAUACUCUGUUUUCAAUGAUAGCCUUAAUUCUAGUAUUUUGGAUACAAUUACUCUAUAUGAUGUUGGUGAAGGAAGCCAUCACACUGCAACUGUUCAAUUUUAAGGUGCUAAUAUUCCAAGGCUUAGACUACUUUUAUAUGUUCUUAAUUUACAUUUUCGUAAUAUUGGAUUGUAUAAACUUAGACACCAAGCUGAGAAACUACUUGAUCUUUGUAUUGUUUAUAAUUUCAACUGUACUGAAAUUAAAUUAGUUGUUAUCAAAGUACCAAUAUGCCUGUGAUAUGCAGGAUUACUUGAUCAAUUUGAAUGUGGCAUUCAUCUUGAUAUCAAUAAUUUUGAUAGGAAAUGAUUUCAUUUCAGAUAAAUAGAAUUUAAUCAUCAUAGUAGUGGUUGUCCCAAGUUUAGUGAUAGCAAUAGUGUAACAAGUAAAGAAGAAAACAGAUUUUAAUAUGCUGGUCCUACUUCCUGAAAAUUAAUCUACAGACACCCUCCAAUAUUUAAUUACAGUAUUUUCAUAAAAAGAUUAAUUGAAUUGCAUUUAAUAAUUCAGUCUCUCCUUGUUUGUGUUUCACCAUAGGAACAAUUGCCAAGACAAAUCCUGUUCAUGCAAGAAGACAAAUUUAAUGGAAAAUGACAUUAAAUUAAGGUAACUCUACCUUAAACAACUUAUAUUGGACUUCGGGAAGUCCAUAAACAGAUUGGCUGAUUAGAGUUCGAAAGCAUUCUUCUCCUUAUUUUAUAUUCAGAGUCUUAUUGCAAUUAAUCAAUCGGUGAAGGCUUAUCAACAAACCAAUAUCUUACUACUCAAAUAAAAUGUGCAUUAAAUCAGUGAUUAGCAGAAUAUCUUCAGUGAACAAACCAGCUAUUCAGUAACAGUUGAGGAGAACCAGAAUGUGUAUAAGAAGAAGAGCAACUCAGAUAUGAUCCACAGACUUGAAAAGAUCUCCCUAAACUAAAUCAGCUAUAUCAAUCUCAUCAAACUCAGCAUAAUAUUGGAGAUAGCCAAAUAAAAUCUAAUUUCAAGCUUUAGUUUUGGAAAUGUAGUCUAAAAAACACAAUUAAGCUAAAGUGUACAAUUAUUUAUGAAGGUUGAAGAGUAGCAUCAGCAAUUAAAACAGAAUAUUGUUAACAUAAUCAAUAGGAAGAAAGACAUCUUUAUGGUGAUGUCAUCAACUACAAAGCUGAAUCCUGAAAGAUUCCUGCAACAAUGUUUAGAUUUGAUAAGAAAAAUCAACAUUAUGGAAAAUGAGUUAUAGCAUUUGUUUUAAGAAUUUCCAAGUAAAAAAAUGCAGUCUAUAUAUUCAUUUUAUUGUGCAGAAAUUUUGAGUAACUUUCUGCAAGCUUAUAGGAUUAUCAAUUAUAAUGCAAUUUCUGAUAAUGCCUUAAUUAAGAUUUAAAAGAACUAUUAAGUGGACUUAUUAAGCACUCAGUUACAUUAUAUGAUCUUAGUAAUGGAUCAUUAAGGAACAGGUUUGUAGAUAGUUGAAAGAUCACACUAAAUGCAUAAGAUAGUGGAAUAUGAGUAAUAGGAGUUUAAAGAAGUCAAAUCAAUACUGUCCCUAUUACCUAGAGGAUUCUCAACUAUUCAUAAACAUCUUAUUGAAGAUUUCUUGAUUUCGGGGAGAUCAAAAUUCUUUAGGGAAUAAAAUGUGAAUUUAAUUUUGCAAAGAGACUCAUUCUUAAGUCCUGUUGACUUUUUCUUUGAUUUUGAUCUUACGAAAUUAUAAGAAUUGACCUUUUAAGUGUUUUUCUCAGAAACCAAUGGUACGAACUCUUAUCUGAUUCUGAAUAAUAAACAUUUAAUCUUAGGUGUGACCAGAGAAUUAUGUAAACAAUUAAAAUUGUAAGAGUUUGAAUACGAAAGAGUACCAGAUAUGUUCUAUUUAACUGAGAUCCAAUAGAUCAUACCAGAAUACUAUUAAUUAAUUGAUCAAAAUAAAAUUGAUAAAAGUUAACCUUUUUCCAAUGUCUAAAUUGUAUUCAAUGAUAAGACUCCAACUGGCUAAAAGUCACUCUAAACUUAUGUAGAGUAAUUGAAGAAGAACCCUGAAUGCACCAGAUUCUAUUAUGCAAAUAUUGUAGUCACAAUUAGGUUGACUCAUUCAAUAAUAGAGAUCAAAACUGUUGUAGAAUCAAAGAAAUCGAUUUAAUAGGAGUCUCUUGAUUAGGAGAAUUUUGAACAAGAAUGUUACGAGUUUAUAGAAGAAUUGCAUAUUCAAUAGCCUAAUUUAUUUAAUAAUGAUUUAUUUCCUAAAUUAAAAAAGGAACCUGAGAUUUAAAUUUACUGUUAUAUUUAAGAAGAAAUACCUGAACAUAUCGAUUAAAUUGAUACUAAUAGAGUGCUGUCUUUAUAAUAGAGACAAUUGCUUUCAGAAUCAAUAUAAUAAUAUGAUUUAAUUAGUCCUGGAAAAAGCAACAGACAAUUAAUUGAUAAAACAACCAGUUUUGCAACUCAUUAAAUAAAUUUCAGUUAACAACAAAGAUUCUUUUAGAAUCAGAUUGAAGAAAAAGAAAAGGAGCAAUCUCAAUCAAAUCAAUCAGGAGCUGAAAAGGGAUUUGCAAAACUAAAUUAUGAAUAAAACUAAUAAAAUGCUGAAAUCAGAGAAAACUUGAGAUAGCAAUUAAACGAUGAAAAUUAAACUUCCAUUCAUGCCAGAAAACUUAAUCUAGAUAAUGCUGCCUCUAGUACUUUGGGUACCUUUUCUUAAAACUUUUAACUCUUUAAAAAGUACGAAUUGCUCCAGUAAAUUGUUUAAUCAGUCAAAUUUUCAAUUAUUUUUGACCUUAUGGUAUUUUCUCUCUUAAUUAUAUCCUUGAUUUCAAUUAUCUUUGCUAUCGUCCUUAUCAAUAAUUCAAGUACUGAUAUUUAUAGUGCCUUAAGCUAAUUACAAAUGUUGGAAUUUUACACUUCUUUCAUGAAUCCCUGUUAUUUAUUUUUAUCAUCAUUUGCAUCCACUUACAAUUAUAAAAAUGGGACCUUCGAUCAAAAUUAAACAUAAAACCUGUAAUCAUUAACACAAUACAAUCAAUACAUCAUUAACCAAUCCUUUGUGAAUAUCAAAUAGAGUUAUGGCAAUCAAUCUAAAGGUAAUUUACUGUAAUAAGACCUAUCUUCUACUCUCUUGGACUUUCAACAUCUAAAAGAGAGUUAAUUUACAUCUGAACAAAUUUCAAUGCGUGAAGCAAUUUUUCAGAUCAUUCAAUAUCAGUAUAAUUUUUAGACUAUAUUCAUUUAAGAGAAUGGACUGGAAGAAAUGAUGUAAUAAUUAAUAUCCUAUAUUGUUAAUUUGAAUGAUAUCAACGAUGAAAUUCUGAACUUAAAUACAGAAAUUAUCACUUAUAUUAGUGAUAGCAAUCUAUUAUUAUAACACAAGUGGAUUGUUCUAUGUAUUAGAUGCACAUAUUUAAUUCUAUUAUUUCAAAUAUCUUCUUGGCUAUUAUACAUGAAACAUAUGCGUAAAUACUCCAAAUUGCUAAAAUUGUUUUAGAAGGUGGAUGUUGUUUGGGUGUUAAGAGAUUUGGAAAGAUGCAAGGAAUUACUUAGUUUACUCAAUAAGGAUUCUAAUUUAAUGUUUAGAUAUAAAUUUAAUAUCUUUUUGAAGGAAAGAUUCUUUAAAAGUGAACUCUCUAAAAAACACAUUAUUCAAGACAAGAUCAAGAGAGCAGGAUUCGUUAAAUUGGAUACCAAAUAAAAACUAUUUAUGAGUAGAUUAGGCAGUUUUCUAUUUUUUGCAUCGCUUUUUGGUGUUUUCUUUAUUUUUUCAUUCACAAUGAAUAUGCAAGGGAUCAAUUUUAUGGACUACUAUCAAAUGAAGAGUUAACAAUACAACUCAAUUGGUGAGCUUGGUUUAUCUAUACCUAAAGCAUACAGUUUAAGAGAAGUGUUAUACUUUAAAAGUAAUAACUUUGCAGGAUAUCAAUACAUGUCAUAAAAUCUAACUGAUCAAUAUUUAAAUAUCAUACAGAGUAGUUUAGAUAUUAUGAGUAAUUACUUAUAAACAUACACCUCUCUUGAGAGUAAUUAUAAUGAUGAAACUUUAUUGUAAUUGAAUAAUGAAACCUUAUGUGAAGAUGAAAGUAUUGCCAAAACCUUUGAUUUGCAGCAACAGUAUUUGUGCAAACAAAUCUAUGACAAUGUCAUGGAUAGAGGUCUAUCUAUAACAAUCACUAAAAUCAGAAACAUCCUUCUAACUGAAAUGAACAACUCCCAAUCAUUUACUUAUAGAAUCAAUCCCCCGUUUAAUGAAAUAGAAAUUGGAAUUUAUUUGAGUGUGAUUAUUAUGAAUGUCUUGCAAACUAUAAAAACAGGACUCUCAGAAUAGGCUGAUCAACUAAAUAUGACCAUUUAGAUUGUUUCCAUUAUAUAUUUAGUGUUCACUUUUCUAAAAAUAGGGUUAAUCCUGUUAUUUGUUAGAGGCCAUUACUUGAACGAAUUUUAAAAUGUUAAGAAAUUAACCAUCUUAUUACCAUAGGCUGCAUUAUUCAUUGAUGACUUAUUUGAAAGGCAAUUAAGAUAGCUGAUUGCAAAAGAAAAUCUCGUCUGA